UGUAUUCCUAUUCGCCAAGCUGCUAUAAAUACGUUGCAAAUUCUAUGCAAAUGACAGUAUCACUUUUGCAUAAAGUCGUGCCAAAAUUCUUGUGGAAUAUGAAGUUCUUUCUCUUAGUAUUAUCCCUCGCCGCUUUGAGCCAGGUAUCGCUUGCCGGAGUUCUGGGAAGAGUAAAACGUGAAACUACUGCAGAAGGCUUGGAAUUCACUUUUAAUUUCUUAAAACACUUGGCCGAAGCCACUGGUCCACUUGUGGAGUCGGUGCUAAAGCAGAUGCCACACACUGAAGCGUAUUCACCAUACAAGGAGGAAUUAGACAAAUAUAUGACCUCGUAUGAAGAAUACAAAACCAAAAAGGGGAUGUGCUUCCAAAAAUCGAUGAAUUUGUUGGAGAAAUUCAUUGAACUUACGGACAAAUACGAAAAGGAAGAUGCUCCAGCCGAGGCCAAAAAGAUUGAUGAGCUGUUCAAUAGCUACGACAAUCAGAAAUUGGAAAAGGAAAUUGAACAAUUUGUUGAAAAGAUGGAAGCAAUGGAAAAGGACAAAUCAGAAGAAGAUGAAUUGGAUGGACUUCGUGUCGUCGCUAAAAUGUUGGAGGUCUGCUAAAAUGUUGUCUAAAUAAAAUACUAAUUUCAAUUGAA